UAUCUUUCUCCCGUGCGUAAGACCGUCGAAUCAUCUGCCACGUUAGUCGCGAUUACGGCUUAACCUGCCAUCGUUUGGUUACGGUAUGGCCUCAGGACAUGUGACAAAACAAUCAAUUAAAUAUUCUAAAUUAUCCAGUAGUAACAACCACAUGAUAAUCCUGUAAAUUGUCGGUAUCAGCAUCGUGAACAAGAUCUUAGAAAAUGUGCGAAGACAGUCGUGUUAUUAUUUUCCUUGUGACUGUACUGCUAAGGUGGUGUGCCACAUAUCACCCAUAUAGCGGCCAAGGAAAACCACCGAUGUUUGGCGAUUACGAAGCACAAAGGCAUUGGCAAGAAGUAACAUUCAAUUUACCAUACCAAGAAUGGUACACCAAUUCAUCGAACAAUGAUCUACAAUAUUGGGGCCUCGAUUAUCCACCGUUAACCGCGUAUCACAGUCUGCUAUUGGGCUACGCUGCCAACAAAGCAAAUCCAGAUUACGUGAAACUUGGAGACUCAAGAGGCUUUGAAUCCGAUGGUCAUAAAUUAUUCAUGAGGCUGUCUGUGAUUAUUGCAGAUAUAUUAAUUUAUAUGCCAGCAAUGUUCUGGUUUGUUUCAAAAUUACAAAUCACUGACUCUGAAAAAGUGAACGACAGUGACUCAAACAUUUUUGCCCUUAAAAAACGCGAUUUCAUUCUAAUAUCUAUUUUGAUUUAUCCUGGAUUGAUACUCAUUGAUCAUGGCCACUUCCAGUACAAUUGUGUAUCUUUAGGAUUAUUUGUCGCUGCUGUCACAGCAAUUUUACAACGAAAAUUACUUGUCGGCUCAUGCUUCUUCACAUUAGCACUGAACUAUAAGCAGAUGGAAUUGUACCAUUCCCUGCCAUUCUUCAUCUACAUCUUGAGUAGUAAUAUAGUCUAUAAAAAACAAUCGCUAACUAUUCAAUUCCGAAAGCUGGUGUUUGUUGCUCUGGUUGUAUUGAUAACAUUUGCAGUAAUUUGGAGUCCAUUCCUAUUAAGUAUCGAAGUAUUCUUCAAUGUAAUCGACAGAUUAUUUCCGCUUGCUAGAGGUCUAUUUGAGGAUAAAGUUGCAAACUUUUGGUGUACGGUAAACGUAUUAUACAAAUUACGUGACACAUUCUCUAAUCUGACAUUAGCUAAAAUUUGCCUUGUAGCAACCCUUGUAUCAGUUUUACCAUCGAAUUUAGAUCUCUUCCGAAAACCGACCAAUGAAAAGUUCAUAUUGUCACUAAUAAAUACAUCUCUAGCAUUUUUCUUAUUUUCUUACCAAGUGCAUGAGAAAAGUAUACUUCUGGUUGGUGUUCCAGUGUUGCUUUAUACCCAUGAAGAUCCUCUUGGGUGCUUUUGGUUUUCAAUUAUUUCUAACUUUAGUAUGCUACCCUUGUAUGCUAAGGAUCAGUUACUUGUAGCUUAUGUUGCUAUUACUACCUUUUACAUACUUUCUUUUUACUCUAUUGAAGAAGAUCCAUUUAAAAAUGUUAACUGGAAUCGACUUGCAAUUCGAUUAUUUUAUGCUUCCAUGGUGGGAAUGUUAUUUUUAACACUAGGGAUGUUUUGCCUAAAACCACCUAAAAGAUACCCCGAUUUGUUCCCAGUUUUGAUAUCUUUAUACUCAUUUGAACAUUUCUUUUUAUUCUUCAUUUACUUUCACUUCAAACAAUUUACUUCGGAUACUAGUAAUAAUAAAAUUAAGUCUAUGUAAUACAUCAUCAAUGGUAACUUAAGGGAAAACAUACACUUGGUACUUAUGAAGAAAAUACAGUCUUAGACAGAUGAUUUUGAAGUAAAAGUGAAUAACCAUAAAAAUCGAUUUCAUUAUGCCCUUGGGGUUGUGUGACUGGCCUUUAAUAAAAUCUUCAUAAAACUGUCAAUUCAAUGUGUUAAUGCGCAAACAAGAAGAAUCUAGUUAUUAGUUAUAUCACUUAAUUAUACAUCGGAUUACCAAUAAGACUGUAUUUUGAAAAGAUCAAUGAUUAUUUAUUAAUAAACUGGCCACCUGUUGUUGGUCAAACUAAUUGCUCAUCGAGUUUAUAUUAAUGGAUCCUAAUGACUUCAUAUGUUUUGUGGGUUCACUCUUUUUAUUUCUGCAUUAAUACAGACAUAAAUUUCCCAUACUAGUUAUAAUCAUAAUGUUAAAAAUAUAAAAUAGGUAUGGUGAUUUCCACUUGUUUGCGUUUAGUUGUUUUGCCCGAGUUUAAUGUCAUUAGAAAGGCUGAUUUCCUAAUUGGAAGUUGGUAAUCACGUGCAUAUUGCCGAUAGUAUAUUUGUGGUGACGGUCGUAAUACAUGUAUUAAUUUUGAACGCAGAAGCAUUACUGAUUUCUUGUCUGAAAUUAAUUGCACAGCUCGUUGAAUCAAUUUAAAAAAUAUUAUAAAUCAAUCAUUAGUCCAUUAGCUUAUAGCCAUUUACCAUCACCACUUUCAAAUAUUUCUUUAAGUGGUUACACGAAUUUUCCGCUCUAUUGAUAGUUCUAAAAUGACAUCUCACCCGAAGUGUAAAACUGACUGAACUUUGAUCUCUUUUAACAUUCAGCCAGGGAUACAAGACUACAAGCUAAAACUAGAAAUAGGACUUGGGAGUGAAUUUUUAGUCAGUACCGAAAGUCAGAUCCAUCAGCUUCUACCAGAUUUGCUGAUAAAUUCUGGGACUUUAGCUUAAUUAUAAUAGUGGUAUACGAUUCACAAUAAGUGUUUAUUAUAAUUGUAUACUGUCAACAAUAAAUGUGGGUAAUAAUAGCAGUGUCACGUUAGAAUAACCGAUCACAAAAGUGUAAUUUAAUCAGGUGCUCCGUCGUUCCUACUUGGGUGCUUUAUUCAAGAUAUAAGGCCUCAAUUUUUCGGAUUUAAAAGUUUGGUUUUCAUAUUCCUUUGCUAAUAGGAUGUUAUAGUAACAGAGUACUCACAGAAGUCGAUCAAAUAAUAAUAAAAUGUGAAAA